GAAAAUUACGAAAAUGAGCCAAAAUAUUGUUGCUGCUCCACUUAAUCGCAUUCCAGGCACAAGCCAGGCCAAGGAGCAGCACAGCAAGGACCUGAAAACCCUCAGCUACGUAGAACUACUGGAAAUCAGGGACAGGCAAUCCAAAUUUCUGUCGUUCAAGAAGCGGCUCCUGCAGUUGCCGGACAAGGGCAGACGCCUCCAAGAGUCUUAUGAUAAAUUGCUGGACGAGAUUAGGAGGCGCGACGAUGUCGAGGCAACGGCCCAAAUGCUCAGCGAACUGAAUAUCGCAUCCAAGGGCAAGAUUGCCCUGAACAAUCUCGAAUGGAACGGCCGCGAGAUUGUGGACGAAGGCGCCCAUGUGGAGGAUAUACUGGACAGCGAUGAUGAGCUGGAUCCAUUGCGAAUCAUAGCGCAAGGCACAAUGCACGAGAAAAGGGUCAAAGUGCUGCCUCCACCCGAGAGUCUAAUUACGGCCGGUGAUUUGGCCGACAUAAACACGUUUAAGAAGACUGCCGACUCGCCAGACUCUGCUUUGGAAGGGCAGAGCGCUACCAGUUCAAUACCAGCGGAGUUCGUCGAGCUGGAUGCCUGCCUAGUGGCAGCCAAGUAUCCCCAAGAAUCGCGUUCAUAUCCCCCCGUCGAUCAGCAUUCCCUCUACCUCAUAGACAUAACAGAACCCAAGGAAAGGAGUGCGGGGCGGGAGAAAUUCCGACCGUUCCGGACAACCAUCUCCAAUGUUCACGACCCCGAUAAGGAGCGCAUACGGAAGAAGGGCAAGCACUGGGAGAUCACAGCAGCCACACCACCACUCAUCCAAUACAAGGAAACACAGAUGGUUCCGCUGGCGGAGUCGGCUACCCUGCAGCUGGACUUUAUGCAGAGGAUCAGGGAACUAAGGAUUCAGCAGGCAGAACAGCGUCUAUCCCAGCACCAGGCCACCAGACCACCCUCUGGCCUACAUCUCCCGGAGGAGUCUGUGCUGAAGACCAAGGCAUCGUUCAAGAAUUAUCGCAAUCCCCAAGUGGAUUAUCUGAUUGAGGGCAAGCAAAAGCCCAGCGAGCAGAAUGAAGUGCAUGAUCCCACGAGUCUCGACAGGGGAGCAUCCUCUAGUGGCAUACAUUACACGGUCUACGAGUAACUCCCUCGCCCUAUUCCUGGCCAGCUUUUCGUUAACACUGUGAAUAAUUUAUUUGUGUAGGCAACAACAGAUAGUGGAUAAGAUUAUAUACGAUUAUAACACCAUUUUAAAUCGAA